UGGCGCGCAAUAUAAAGCGGCGGCCGGCCGCGGCUCUGCACUGUACUGCCCACCGCAAUGGCCCCGGUGCGAGUCCUGCUGGCGUUCGCCGCUGCUGUCGCCGUUGCCGUCGCAGGCAGCAUCCCCAGCUACAUCCCUGUCUGCAAAAGGAAUGACCCAGACAUAAACAACUGCAUCAAGAAUGCAGUGGAAAAGCUGAAGCCAAAGCUGGCGGAGGGGAUCCCGGAGCUGGACGUGCCCAAACUGGAGCCCCUGUACAUCCCCCAGCUGACCAUCAGCCCCAACCAGGGACAGAACAUCCGAGCGGUGGGCACCAACGUCAGAAUCCACGGGGCCAGCCACUUCACUAUCACCAGCAUCACAGCUGAUAUACCGAAGCACGAGUUUUCCGCAGCGAUAAAAAUUCCCAGCCUGUACUUCGAAGCUGACUACGACGUCGAUGCCAAGCUGUUGUCGAUCACGCUGAAGGGAAGAGGACCACUAACUGCGAACGCAACUGAGUGCAGCGGCGAUGUUGUUCUGAAAGGUCAGCUCGUGAAGAAAAACGGGUCUCCUUACCUGUACUUCUACAACACUGAAGUUUCUAUUGAUGUGAAACACGUACAGGUCCAUUUGGAAGGGCUCUUUAAUGGAGACAAAGUACUGGGUGAAGCCACAAACCAGGCGCUGAACGAGAAUUCCGGGGAGUUCUGGCCGACCAUCAAACCCAUUGCCGAGCAGACGAUAGCAGAAGUUUUGCUUGGAAUCGCCAACAACAUUACAUCACAUUUCACCUAUGAUGACCUGUUCCCUAAAAAUUAAUAAACUAUAUUUAUCAUA